AUGAGCUCCGCGUACGGAAUCUUACGGCAAGCCCUGACGGGCGGUGGCCGCGAGUUCCUCCGCAACGCACAGCGCAUGCAGGCCGUGGGGCCCGACGAGGAGGGUGGUCUCGGCUUCAUCUUCGAAGGCUGCUUCUACAUCGCCGCGCCCUGGCCUCUGCGCGACCUGCCGCGCGCGCUGGGUCUCAUGAGGCGAGCGUUGGAGAGGAAGGCGUGCAAGCGCAACUACUACUAUGUUGGCCUGGCUAACUACCACCUCCAGAACUACGCAGAAGCUCGAGACUUCUUCGCGAAGUCGGCCAGCGCCAAGCCGGAGUUCCUUUCCGAGUUCGACUUUGCGGCGGGGCUCACGCAGGAGGCAGAGCACGGUGUGAAGCUGGCUACGGACGCUCUGAAAGCGGCGGGCGAUCAAGACGAUGCUGCAAACUCGGUUUAG